GCGGCUGCUUCCCGCGGCCGCCAGAGCGAGCCGAGCGCCGUCCUCGUUGUCGUCGUCGGGCAGGCGGAGAGCGCGGAGAGGCGGCGCAGCAUGGAGCCUCCGCUCUGAGCUCCGCUCCGUCGUCGUGGAAGAGGCUGGAAGGCAAGAUGCUGCCGGAGGAGCGGCGGACGGCGCCUCCGCCUCGCGGGGACUGAGGAGCAGGGCGGCGGCGGCGGCGGCAGGACGGGCGGACGGAGCCGGGAGAGCGCACGGAGCGCGGGAGCUGCUGCUGCUGCUGCUGCCUUGGCGGAGCCGCCGCCGGUCCCGGGGACGAUUUGCCUGCCAUGAUCGCCGCCGGCGUGCUCUGCCUCUUCCUCUGCCUGGACAAGAUGUUGCACACCUGGGCUGCUUCUUCCUCGCUGACCACCCAGGACUUCCACACCUGGCGGAUCCCUGUGGACUGUGUCCGUGCCAACGAGCUGUGUGCGGCCGAGCCCAGCUGCAGCUCCCGUUACCGCACGCUGCGCCAGUGCGUGGCCGGGCGUGACCGCAACACCAUGCUGGCCAACAAGGAGUGCCAGGCAGCACUGGAGGUGCUGCAAGAGAGCCCCCUCUACGACUGCCACUGCAAGCGCGGCAUGAAGAAGGAGCUCCUGUGCCUUCAGAUCUACUGGAGCAUCCACCUUGGCUUGACGGGCGGAGAAGAGUUUUAUGAAGCUUCCCCCUACGAACCAGUCACCUCUCGUCUCACUGAUAUAUUCAGACUCGCUUCAAUUGUCUCAGGGAUGGACUCGACUGCCAACGCCAAAAGCAACCACUGCCUCGACGCGGCCAAAGCCUGCAACCUGAACGACAAUUGCAAGCGCCUCCGCUCGAGCUACAUCUCCAUCUGCAACAAGGAGAUCUCCUCCACGGAGCGCUGCAACCGCCGCAAGUGCCACAAAGCCCUGCGCCAGUUCUUCGACCGCGUGCCCCACGAGUACACCUACCGGCUGCUCUUCUGUUCCUGCAGGGACCAGGCGUGUGCCGAGCGGCGCCGGCAGACCAUCGUCCCCCAUUGCUCCUAUGAGGACAAGGAGAAGCCCAACUGCCUGGAGCUCCGCGAGCUGUGCAGGUCGGACCCCCUCUGCCGGUCAAGACUGGCAGAUUUCCACACGAAUUGCCAAGCCUCUUUCCAAUCGCUGACCAGCUGCCCUGGGGACAAUUACCAGGCUUGUCUUGGUUCCUACGCAGGCCUAAUAGGGUUAGACAUGACACCCAACUAUGUCGACUCCAGCACUGCCAACCUCGUUGUGUCGCCGUCGUGCUCCUGCCAGGGCAGUGGCAACAUGGAGGAAGAGUGUGAGAAGUUCCUGAAGGACUUCACGGAAAACCCCUGCCUGCGAAAUGCCAUCCAGGCUUUUGGCAAUGGCACGGACCGGCCUCUCCCUCCGAUUCAACACAUCACCUUGCCGCCCAAGAUGGAGACAUCAACAUACGACGCCAAUGACAGCAACACCAUCUACGACACACGUGUGACCACCACUUGCACCUCCACCCAGAAGUCGCUGACCACAGACAUGAUCCCCGAACAGAAGACGUUUGUGGACACAAAUGGAUCUGGCAUCCGGCCUUCUCUCCCAGGGACCCUCUUUGCUCUCCCUCUCCUCCUUUUGAAAGUGGCAUUAUAGAAGAAAAAAUGGGAUCAAGUGCUCUGAGGGGGUGGGGGAAGCCGCAGCCCAAACUUUUGCGCACGCAGAGACGGACAAAGACAUCUUGAAAACGUUUCCUUCGGCCUUUGGCCUUCCGGAGUCUCUGCUUUCGAAAAGGUACGGCGGCAAGUUGCAGGAGCUUGGACAGGACAUUUUCCCCAGGAAAAUCUGUGCUUGAGG